CACAGCUUGGCGCGGGCGGUGGCGCGGGCGGUUAAGCGGCAGGCAAAAGCACAGAAGGAUGAAAUUGGAGAGGAACAUGUUUUGGCUUUUCUCCUAAAAAAAGAUGGACUAGAGGAGCAAAAGUGCAAAAAAAAACUAAAAGAAUAUUGUCAAGGAUUAAGUGAUGCAGGUAUAAAAACAGAACAAAUAGAUAAAAAAUUGAAAGAUUUCUGUAAUGAUGCAAAACAAGAUGAAAAGUGCAAACAAAAGGCUAGUAUUGAAGAAAAGUGCAAUGGAUUUAGGGCAGAAUUAGAAAAUGUACUUAAAAAAGAAAUAGAAGACUUAAGAAAUGAUGACUGUGAAAAAAAAGAACAAUGCCUGUUUUUGGAAGAUGCGUGCCCUACUCUUAUAGAAAAAUGUAACAAACUAAGAAAUAUGUGUUAUCAAAAAGAACGUAAUGAGGUUGCAAAAGAAGCUCUUUUAAGAGCACUUUCAGGAAGUCUUAAAAAAUCUGACACAUGUGAGAAAAAAAUCAAAAAUGUUUGCAUUGUUUUAAAGGAAGAAAGUGAUGAGUUGAUGCAAAAGUGUUUAAGUCUAGACUCUACAUGUCUAUCCCUAGUACAAGCAGCAAAAGACAAAUGUAGCUCUUUGAAAAAAGACAUAGAAACAGCACUUACAAAAAAUACUAGUGAAGUAUGCCUCCUGCUGCUUGAACAAUGUUAUUUUCAUGACCGGAGUUGUGAAAGUGAACCACUGAAAUGUAAUGAUUUAAUAAAUAAAUGCGAAAGUGUAAACAUAACUUACACACCUCCAGACACUAAUUUUGAUCCAACUAAAGAAGAAAGCACAUUAGUAGAAGAAAUAGGUCUAAAAAGUCUUUAUACGAAAGCAGUAAAAAAGGGUGUUCAUAUUGGAAAACCCCCAAAGGCAGAUGCAACAGCUCUAUUAGCAUUAUUGAUUUUAGACCCAAGUCUCGCAAAUAAAGCCACUAAGAAAGAAAAGUGUGAAAAGAUUAUUGAAGAUAAAUGCAAAGAUCCUCAAGAGUAUGGAGUUCUAAAAGAUCUAUGUGAAGGAACUAAAGCAAGUAAAGAUGGAAAGCAAAAAUGCGAAGAAUUAGAUGAUGAUAUUGAAAACACUUGUAAAAUUUUUACAUCAAAAGUUCUAGACUAUCAUCUUUUUGACACGAAAAAAAAUAAUGGGAUUAUUAUGUGGAGGAAAUUGCCAACGUUUCUUAGUGAGAAAGAGUGUACAAAUCUAAUGUCAUAUUGUUUUUAUUUUGAAAAAAGUUGUGAUAAAGGCGAAGAUGCAUGCAAAAAUAUCAAGGCAGCAUGUUAUAAGAAGGGACUUGAUGGAUUAGCUAAUGAAGUGUUACAAAGCAAGUUACGAGGAAAAUUGCAUGGUUCGAAAAAAGAAUGGCUUAAAACAUUUCAGAAAAAACUUUUAGAAGUAUGUCAAGAAGUGAAAAAAGAAAACAAUGGAGUUUUUCCAAACAAUGAAUUAUUUCUAUUAUGUGUGGAGCCAACAAGGGCAGCUAUAGUACUUCCAGCAGAUUUACGAAUGAAGGUAAUCUUUUUAUUGGAAAAUUUAAACAAGAAGCGAGAUUUUCCAACAAAAGAGAAUUGUGAAGAACUGGAAGAGAAAUGUAAAGUAUUGUUAGAAGAUUCAAGAGAAAUUGAGUGGCCAUGCCAUACACUGAAUUGGAAUUGCGAUCGAUUAAGGAAUGUAGAACAGUUGAAGGAGAAAUUGUUGGAAGAAAAAACAGAAGAUUUAGAUAAACUCGAUUCGUGCAAAAAAAAGCUAGGUAAACGGUGCAAUGAAUGGGUUGGAAAAGGGAGAUCUCAGUUUACUCUUGCGUGUAUAGCACAAAAUACUACUUGCAAGAUUAUUACAAAAGACGUUAAAUCUAAAUGUGAUAGAUUAGAAAAGUAUAUAAAAAACGGUACUGUUCUGAACGAUGCAAAAGAAGAAACUAAAAAAGAAUCUAUUUGUGAAUUCUGGAUACCGUAUUGUGAAAGAUUUAUGUCAAGCUGCAAAAAUUUAGCAAACACUGGUACUAAAGACUGUGUGGAACUUAGAAAGGAAUGUAGUUCAUUUAUUAAAAAGAAAGAACUGGAAAACAAAGUACUUGAUGAAUUGAAGGGCAAUUUGUCAAGCGAUGAUGAAUGUAAAAAAACACUUGACAAGUAUUGUGCAGUAUGGGCCAAUGCAAGUAAUGGACUUGAAGUUCUCUGUAUAGAUACUUCUAAUGCUAAAACAAAAAAUGAUGCUAAAGUUAGAAAAAAACUUUGUAAAAAACUUAUAGCUCGAAUAACAGAACAGUGCCCAAAAUUAUUUAACGAACUUGCAGAAGCAAAAGAUAAACUAAAAAAGAAAAAAGAAGAAUAUAAACGAAUUAAAGAAGAAGCAGAGAAAGCAAUGGAAGCAGCAAACUUUAUUUUAUCGAGAGCGAAAGGACCUGAUAAUAAUAAGUCAGUAAAUAAAAAUUCAUCUGAUGCACCUAAGGAAGGAAAAGACACAACAGGAUUUAAACUUGUAAGAAGAAGUGCAAAAGUGCAUGUAACAGAAAAAGAAUUAGCAGCAUUUGAUUUGGUAGCGCAAACAUUUAACUUGUAUGUAGAAUUAAAGGAGAUAUGCCAGCAUUCACAGAAAGGCUGUGGAUUCAGAAAAGAAUGUGCAAACUGUGAAGAAGUAUGUAAAGCAGUAGAUCGUGUAUGCUUAAGAUUGGAGCCAUUGAAGAUCAAACCAUAUGAAGUAAAGACAGUAACGGAAACCAACAUAACAACGGUCACAGAAACAGUCAAAGAAGCGGAAAAAACAGUAGGAGACGGAGAGAAAUGCAAAUCUCUCACUACAUCAGACACAUGGAUUACACACACGUCUACGCAUACCAGUACAUCUACGACCACAUCCACAGUCACAUCGAGAAUAACACUCACCUCGACGAGGCGGUGUAAGCCUACGAAAUGCACGACAGGAGAGGGGGAUGAAGCAGGGGAAGUGAAGCCGAGUGAGGGGCUGAGGAUGAGUGGGUGGAGUGUGAUGAGGGGGGUGCUAGUGGCGAUGAUGAUUUCAUUCAUGAUUUAA